AUGUCGACAUCAAGCGAGUCGCUGAUCGCGUUGGAGCAAGUUGCAGACCGCCACAAGGAAAAGGUGAAGGAUCACCGGAAUGGCGACCGCAAUCACCAGAAAGGCCGAGCAGGCCUUCCAUACAAGUAACGAAAAGGACAGUGCGGGCAAGCGACAACCUGGUCGCAACCGUGGCCAUGGACACGGACACCACGGCGACAACUGGUCAUUUCAACGCCGAUGGUGAAGGCGGCAAUGACGGCAGCAACGGCGAUAUCGUCGGGGAAGGUCGCGGAAGUGGCGGUCGACGCGACGGGGGAGGCAACAUAACAUCACGACAACAACAAGGAACAAAAUCUAGAACCCGUUUCCGUGUUUGUUUCAACGGGCGGGUUCUCUUGCUCGGUGUUUUGGGAUCGACAACAACGGCCUCUCAUUGCCAAUACUCCAGUAGUACAAUAGAGGCCCAUGGUUCAUCAGACAUGGACAGCAAAUCGGCGGUGUCAAUCCCCGGCUGGCCGAACAACAACGAUGAAGUACUCUUACCAGCAUUCGAUGUUAAAUGAUGAGCAAAGGACACAGCAGUGCGAGGCACGAGCGGGGUUCCUCCGUAAAAAUGCCCGUGAACACACAAAACAGUGAGACCACCCCCGUGUGCUCGCACAUCAGCCGCAUAUACUCCGCACAUACGCAUACCAAAUCAAACUGAAAAUGCGUUUGUAAACUGAUGGAGAUUGCAUGUCCUACAACUGACAGGGUGCGACACACAAAACGCCCGACUACCCAACAGUACCCAACACCUUUCGUCUGCACCUUCCCAACAUAACAUAUAUGAGACACACAAGACAGCUACCAAACUGGUUUGUUGAGCCUGUUAUCCGCAGGGGAGAUGUCCCUAUAUGCU